AUGGACACCCUAAGCACAGCGCCGGACGAGCCACGAACCGAUGAAAAGCCAUUUAUGGAAGAAGCAAAAGCGGCAGGGGUGAUCAGCCCCCCCGAAGUUAGCCCGAAGGCACCGCAAAUGCUUCCCUCAGCAGAAAGAGUAAACGCGGUUGAGCGAAUUAAUGUAGCAGGAAUGGGGAGCCUAGAGGAAAAAGUUAUCUCGCCUGACAUGGCCGCCUUAGAUGGUCAUAUGAAUAUGCCUGCAAAUAUGGCCAAUAGUCCAGCCCCUUCUAUGGCCAAUUCCAUAGGGAUGACGAACGACAUUGCAGAAGUAUCAACCGCCAGUGAUAGAGUCAACCCAUGGGACCAAAUGAUGAACCUAAUAAGUGGCGCCACAACAAGGCCAGUUUCAACCCCUGAAAAGGCAGAGGAGGUACAGUCUGAAGCGGUCGAAAAAGUUAAUGAAAACCAGAGCAAAGGAGAUACAGAAAAUAUGAAACGAGAAAUACAAAUGGUGAGUGAUGAUGUGAACACAGCAUAUAAUGAAGAUGUGUCCAAGGGGUUUCUUUCACCACCUGCAUUCCACUUAACAGAAAUUAUGCACAAUGAGAGAUGCUUCAAAAGAACAAAAGGUCAUAUCACAGUUGAGAUAAAUGGAGACAUUUGCAUACAUGGAGGAAUUGUACAGAAUAAAUGUGUUAAUAAUUUUAUAAGGUAUGUGCCUGGCAUCAAUUUAUUUGAAAAAAUCCGAUUAAAUUCGGAAGAUAUUUCUCCUCGAGCAUUUCACUCAGGCAAUGUUAUUUCGGAAGAUAACAAAAAGGGCAUUAUUAUCUUUGGAGGAAUAAAUGAAAAUGAUGAAAUACUUGAUGAAACGUUUAAAUUUGAUUUCCAAGCAAAGAAAUGGGAACCAGUGGGGAGCCUUGCAAAACCAUGUGGCAGAUAUAAACACGCUUCCAUCAAUUUUAAUGAUGCCAUAUUCAUUCAUGGUGGUCUAAAUGGAAACAAUGCUGUCUUGUCCGACUUGUGGUGCUUUUCUGGGGGCGCUUGGAAGGAAAUUACUCAGAUAGAUAAGUUUCCCGAAGGUAGAUAUGGACACAGUUUAAUCUUUUCCAUGUAUGGAACUGCAAAACUUCUUUUUCUCUUUGGUGGAAAUAGGAAAGGCUUCAAUGGGGCUCUCGCGGACACGUGGAUUUUUAACCUCAACACGUUUAGGUGGAUGGAAAUCCCCAACACCUCGGGGCCCAAGCCCUGUCCACGAUGGGGGCACUCCGCGCAACUCUUCGACAACGAGUGGAUGAUCAUAUACGGAGGAAUCACAAACGGGUGGAUCGAUAACUACGCUCUGUCCGACAUGUACGCACUGAACAUUUACACCUUCUCCUGGUUCGAAGUUGACAUCAGUACCUCGAGAAACUUCAACAGGGGGUACUACGGAUCGUUAUGUUUAGUGCCUUAUAAGAAGUCGCUGCAUAUUUUUGGAGGGUCGGACGAGACCAGCGAAUUCUGCGACGCUUUCAGCAUGUCCCCCUUAGUUACGUACGUGUCGUACAAAACCUUGAAGGGGAAAUUCGAGCAGCUCAACACAAAAAUGCAAAACAUUAACGAAAAUUCAAAUGACAAUGAGCAUGUGAAUUUAGCCGAAUUCGAGUUAAAAAUAGCUGAGUUGAAAGAGGAGGUGAACAGCAUAAACCACAUGAUGAAGACCUUCGAGCUGAAGUUUUCCGCACUCGAAAAGCUGAACCAGCAGUGCGAAAUGCUACUGUCCAAAAACAUAGAGACGGAAGCUUUGGAAAAAUUAGAACAGCGCAUUCGGAAGCUGGAAUCAUCCAACGUCUUGAUGAACCAUGACAGGAUAUAG